GGCCGGAAGGAGGCGGCGGAGGGCGGGAGGCAAGAGCGGGUCCGGAGCUGCUGGGCCGGAGCGGCGGAGCCGCCAUGUCCGACAGCGAGAAGCUCAACCUGGACUCUAUCAUCGGGCGCCUGCUGGAAGUGCAGGGCUCGCGGCCUGGAAAGAAUGUACAGCUGACAGAGAACGAGAUCCGUGGUCUGUGCCUCAAAUCCCGUGAGAUUUUCUUGAGCCAGCCCAUUCUUCUGGAGCUGGAGGCACCCCUCAAGAUCUGCGGUGAUAUCCAUGGCCAGUACUACGACCUUCUGCGGCUGUUCGAAUAUGGGGGCUUCCCUCCAGAGAGCAACUACCUCUUCCUGGGGGACUAUGUAGACCGGGGCAAGCAGUCGCUGGAAACCAUCUGCCUGCUGCUGGCCUAUAAGAUCAAGUAUCCCGAGAAUUUCUUCCUGCUCCGUGGGAACCACGAGUGUGCCAGCAUCAACCGCAUCUAUGGCUUCUAUGAUGAGUGCAAGAGACGCUACAACAUUAAACUGUGGAAAACCUUCACCGACUGCUUCAACUGCCUGCCGAUCGCUGCCAUUGUGGACGAGAAGAUCUUCUGCUGCCAUGGAGGCCUGUCCCCAGACCUGCAGUCCAUGGAGCAGAUUCGGCGUAUCAUGCGGCCCACAGAUGUGCCCGACCAGGGGCUAUUAUGUGACCUGCUGUGGUCUGACCCUGACAAGGAUGUGCAGGGCUGGGGCGAGAACGACCGUGGUGUCUCCUUUACCUUUGGAGCUGAGGUGGUGGCCAAGUUUCUGCACAAGCAUGACUUGGACCUCAUCUGUCGGGCACACCAGGUGGUAGAAGAUGGCUAUGAGUUCUUUGCCAAGCGGCAGCUGGUGACACUCUUUUCAGCUCCCAACUACUGUGGCGAGUUUGACAAUGCAGGCGCCAUGAUGAGUGUGGACGAGACACUCAUGUGCUCUUUCCAGAUCCUCAAGCCCGCCGACAAGAACAAGGGGAAAUACGGGCAGUUCAGUGGCCUGAACCCUGGUGGCCGGCCCAUCACCCCACCCCGGAACUCCGCCAAAGCCAAGAAAUAGUGAUCACGAGCCCGCCCUCUGCCCCAGAUGGUGGAUUGUACAGAAACCACGUAGCCAUGGGGGGUCAUGCUGGCCUCCCAGCCCUGCUAAUCACAGGGACACGGAGCCUUGGUGUACUUUUUUUUUUCUUUUUUUAAAUGAAUCAAUAGCAGCGUCCAGUCCUCCAGGGCUCCCUCUGCCUGUGCCUUGGUGGCUACAGGCAGGAUCCUGGGGCUGAGGCUGCAGCUCAGGGCAAAGCAGGGCCAGAUUGUGGGUCUCCAGCCUUGCUUGGCCUCAGGGCUGGCAGCUGCAUCCCGAACAACCCAUCUGGUCUCUU